UUCCAUCGCCAUGGCAUCCUCAUCCAUCACGCCUCUCAACCUCUCCUCAUCGUUCUCUUCGAGGCCGAUCCUCUCCCCGAGCACAAUCACAUCGCUCGGCGCCGCGACUCGCCGCCAGGAGAAGAGGCCGCGCGCGGCGACGGUGAAGGCCAUGGGAGGAGGAGGAGGCGGCGGAGCGAAGUACAAGGGGACCAAGAUGAGGGAGGCGCGACUGAGGGAGAUCAUAGAGGAGAAGGUGGCGGAGGCGAAGGAGGCGUGCGAGGGGGAGGCGGCGGCGUCGGCGGAGUGCAGGGUGGCGUGGGACGAGGUGGAGGAGGCGAGCCAGGCCAAGGCCCACCUCCGCCUCAAGCUGGAGGUGCUGCGCCAGGAUCCCCUCGAGUCCUUCUGUGGGGACAACCCCGAGACCGACGAGUGUCACGUCUUCGACGGCGACGAGGAGUGAGAGUGACCGGUGGACCGAUGGAUGAUGCGUGAUCGUGCGGUCAUUUGGUGAAAGGUGAUGAAAAGCAUCGGAGGAUGUGGGCCGUUGGAUGGAUUUGAUUGGUGAACCCGAACCGAAUG